GUCGCGAAGAUGCAAGGCACGCUCGAUGACCUAGAUAAGAAGGCCCGAAGGCGACUGUACGACCGCAAGAAACAAAAGAAGAAGGUCGACGAACUCAGGAAGCUACAGAACCUUGUGACCGACCUCGUCGCCAAGGCCAGCCAGCUCAAGUAUUUCAAGCAAAGCAUGUUGCCUUGGAAAGAAAUUGCGAUCGCGUUGGGUCGUGAGACGGCAGAGUCCUUCGAUUCGAACCGCAUGCUUCGCGGGGAUCUCUUCCAGCUCGAGAACCUAGCCGCCGACGUGAGUCGGUGGGUUGCAGUGAUGUCACACGCGCCAACCGUGCCGUACCCGCUCGUGGAGAAGCAGCAUUUCAGCCUGCGCUACACGUCGCUGCCGAAAUCUGAGUCGGCGCGGCACUUGGGCUUUGACUGGAUCACCAAGCACUUGUUCUACAACCUCCAGCGCGAAGUUGACCACUGUCACUUUCCAUCGACCCACGACCCGUACUUAUCUGUACGCGCCGAACCCAUCGACGACACGCACGUCAUCUCACACGCGUCGCAGCGCGUGGAGCCCGUGGCAUUUCACAUUGCCGUGCAGUGCAUGCGCAAAAUGGUGUUGCAGUACCCCGGAUCGAUCGAGGAACUGGACCCGACCACCCCAGACAUGACGUAUCUGCGAUACAGGGCCGCGGUCGGACACAAUGAGUACUUUGAGAACACCCUCAUGCGCGAGUUCCAAGAAGACGACCGGUACACCAUCGUCGUGCUCAUCAUUUCCGAAGACGACAAGUACCCUACCUCUGGCCUUCGCCGCAAUUGGACCCAAUGGGUGCAAGUAGAACCAGUGGACGCGACGCACUCGGUGAUCCGCCAAGGCACGACUUGGUUUGGCCUGCGCGAUGCGACGAGGUCCCUCACGAUUGAAGACAGCACGACGUUCGGCCCCCAAAUUGCAGCGUGCAAAGACGAAGACCACAAGUUGGCAGCGUACGCGCUGCUGCUGCAAGGUAGUAUGGCGCUUGUGGCAGAGGACGAAAAUGCAGAGUUUCGGCGGUUGGCGAUCGAGUUCCAGAGCGCGUCUGUGACACCGCAUUGACACGCUUGGAGGUCACGUUGUUUGUACUCGGUUGAUUUCAACAUGUUGUCAAACGAAGCACACACAUUCGACGAGCUAUACACAUUGGACGAUGGUUACUGUAACGUUAUUGUACUCGUGUUGGGUGUAGAUGUUGUAUAUGUGUACAGUGUACAGUAUGAUGCUCGUCACCUAUAA